AUCUCCUACACCUGUAAACUUUCAUCCUCCGCAUUGCAUCAAUUUCCCUACUUCCGCCUCUUCUAAUAUGCUCCAAGCGCCCGCUGUGUUUUGAUCCCUUUCUCUCCUCCCCCGCUCCUGAGCCCUUGUUGGCGUCUUCUCCAUUCUAUGAUCACAACUUCUGCAUGGCAACUCCUCAAGAAUUGACGGUGACAGUGAGUGGGAGACGAUGUACGCGCUCGCGGGCCCGUACCGCGGCCACAUCGGUUCUCACUUCAGAUCCACCACCACCGCAGAUAACUUCUGCUGAUAUUCCUCUCACUACUACUUCUCCUCCGGAACAAGUCCAAACCAGCGCUGCGCAGCAAUCACAACCAUCGCCUCCUCCUCCACCGCCGCCUCCACCCCCUCCGGAAUCUUCAGCUGCUCAAGAGACAUCAAAUGCAGUGCCCACGACACAGCCAGCUGCAGUGCCCUCGGCGAUAGGUACGGACGCUCCUCCAGUACUUCCGUCAAGCGCAGAGCCUUCUGAGGUUCUGAAUCUAUCAUCACCUUCUCCGCCCGCCGCUGCCGCUCCUCCUCUUAGACCGGCUGUGAGUGAGGUUUUCAGUGCGGAAGCGGUUACAGAGCCUUCUACCUCUGCUACCUCUGCUACAUCUGCAACCUCUGCAGAGGGCCCUACGCUGGUCUCACCCAGUCUGACUCCAACAAUUUCUGACGCAUCACUUCCAGCUACUUCUUCGACAUCACCAUCAUCCAUCGCAUCUGUCACGGCUAUAGAAUCGGAUGUUCCCGUCGAAUCUUCCAACGAGAACAUCCCUGGUCCACCUGAAGAGACCAGUUCACCCUCGAUUCCCGAGUCACCUGGAGAUCAAGAUCCAGAAGCGCAGCCAACAUCGACUGGGCUUCCCUCUGGGGGGCCGGCUGGUAUCAUAGGACCAGACCAGAGUUCUGACGGUGGAAAUGGCCUCACGCUCUCUAGUACAGGCGCAACGAAUGUGGGGGCCAUUAUUGGUGGGGUAGUUGGCGGAGUCGCCAUUGUUGCGUUAAUCAGUGUGCUACUUUUCUUAUGCCUUAAGCGCAAGCGAAGGCCUCGAGAGUUACGUGGAAUUUGGCAAGAGAAGGACGACGAAAAGCCUGGGAUCAUCUCCAGGCUCAAAGAGGUUCCCGCGAAGCUCAGAAGUAUCCCCGAAGGCGUAGGUCUUGCAGUGGGCAAGCUGAAAGGGAAGAAAUCCAGCCCAGCACAGAACCCCUUUGAGCAGCACAGCGUGCGCAGCAGCGUGAGCUCAAUCUACUCAGUCCGGACGAAUGGCCGCAGUAGAUCGAUCAGCGAGCCUCCAUCCAGAUUGCGACAGCAACUGCGAGGGUUCGGCGAUCGGAUGCCGUCCUUGAAGAGGUCGCGAACGCUACUGCAGAAAAAGCAAGACAGUCUAGUCGUUGGAUCCAAGUCACCGUUCCCGGGCAUUGUAGAAGACCCUGUACUUCCAAGGAACGGAGAUGUCGAGAACCCAUUUGCGGAUCCCAAGCCAGAAGCUGAUGGACAAGCCGUUGCAUUGAAAGCGCAGCAAGAUGUGCAGAACGGCCUCAAGGAUCAGCAGCGGGCUCCCAUCACACCUAAGCCUGCUGUUAUAUCUGGACGCAUUUCAAAAGACCCAUUCGCAUCAAUCCUCGAUGAACUUGAGGAGCGACAAGGUAGUGGCACUCCAGACUGGUUGAAGGACGCUCCGGGUCACAAACGAACGCAGAGCGCUGCAACCGCACUUCGUUCGCAUCCUCCAUCGGCUGCAUACACUGCGUCUGUCUAUACCACGGCGGAUAAUCCGUUCUUUGAUCCUUCAGAAGCUCCACCUGUGCCAACACAGCGACUCCCACCAAACCCCCCAACGCGCCCACCCAAUGCUUACACCUCGACACUUCCGACAUUCGAUACGCUAUCCACCAAUGCAUCACGGGACUCGGAAAGCUCCUUUAUCUUCGGCGAACCUGGACCAAGCCGGCCAACAACCGACAUGUUCUCUAAUGUGUCUGUGAUUCCCAGGGCAGGCCGCCAGUCAGAUCCAUUCGAUCUAGAUCGGCCCGAGGUCCUUGGAUUUGGCGAAGUGAGCGCGCAUCGACAAGUACGGGGAAGCGUGACACGCCAGAAUUCAAGGAGCAAUAGGACCAGUACCGUGCCGAACUGGGUAAGGCUCGACGAGAAUCCCUACGAAAGAGCGAGUGCCGUACCGGGAGCUUUGAGGAAACCGAGUGUGAAAAAGUGACGGCAAUGACAAUGACGGAGUGUCCUGUGUAAGGGUAUCACACAACACUCAGAGCUCGCCCAUGUUCAAUUUUCCGUGGCGCUUGGAGCCACUGCUAUUUUCUUUUUUACGAAAACAUCGUCCGCAAGUCAGGAUUUGAUUUCAUUCUACUAUGUUGCCUGGGGAAACGAUGGCAGGAAGUGCUUCCGCGGGCCCAUCGUGCGCAACCAACCUUUAUUGAAGCAAGA